GCUGCCGCCGCCUCUUCGAAGAGCUCGCCGGGGCUCCCCGGAGGUGGUGGUCCCUGUGCCAGUCUGGAUGCGGCUCUGAGUCUCCGUGUGUCUUUCUGCUUGUUGCUGUGUACGGGUGUUCGGCCACGAUCACCUUUGUGUGUCUUCUGUCUGUUUGAACUUCAGGAUGGCUCGCUUCGGGGAGGCGGCGGUCGGCAGGCCGGGGUCUGGCGAUGGAGACUCGGACCAGAGCAGGAACCGGCAAGGAACUCCAGUGCCGGCCUCCGGGCAGGCGGCCGCCUACAAGCAGUCGAAAGCGCAGAGGGCGCGGACUAUGGCUUUGUACAACCCUAUUCCCGUCCGGCAGAACUGUUUCACCGUCAACAGAUCCCUGUUCAUCUUCGGAGAAGAUAACAUUGUCAGGAAAUACGCCAAGAAGCUCAUCGAUUGGCCGCCGUUUGAGUACAUGAUCCUGGCCACCAUCAUUGCCAAUUGCAUCGUCCUGGCUCUGGAGCAGCAUCUUCCGGAGGAUGACAAGACACCAAUGUCCCGCAGACUGGAGAAGACAGAGCCCUAUUUCAUUGGCAUCUUUUGCUUUGAAGCUGGAAUCAAAAUUGUGGCCCUGGGGUUUAUCUUCCAUAAGGGCUCAUACCUCCGCAAUGGCUGGAAUGUCAUGGACUUCAUCGUGGUCCUCAGUGGCAUCCUAGCCACUGCGGGAACCCACUUCAACACGCACGUGGACCUGAGGACCCUGAGGGCUGUGCGUGUCCUGAGGCCUCUGAAGCUUGUGUCAGGGAUUCCUAGUCUGCAGAUUGUGUUGAAGUCCAUCAUGAAGGCCAUGGUGCCUCUUCUGCAGAUUGGCCUUCUGCUUUUCUUUGCCAUCCUGAUGUUUGCUAUCAUUGGCUUGGAGUUCUAUAGUGGGAAGUUACAUCGAGCGUGCUUCAUGAACAAUUCAGGUAUUCUAGAAGGAUUUGACCCCCCUCACCCAUGUGGUGUGCAGGGCUGCCCAGCCGGUUAUGAAUGCAGGGACUGGAUCGGCCCCAACGAUGGGAUCACCCAGUUUGAUAACAUCCUUUUUGCUGUACUGACUGUAUUCCAGUGCAUCACCAUGGAAGGAUGGACCACCGUGCUGUACAAUACCAAUGAUGCCUUAGGAGCCACCUGGAAUUGGCUGUACUUCAUUCCCCUCAUCAUCAUCGGAUCCUUCUUCGUUCUCAACCUUGUCCUGGGGGUGCUUUCCGGGGAAUUUGCCAAAGAGAGAGAGAGGGUGGAGAACCGAAGAGCUUUCAUGAAGCUUCGGCGCCAGCAGCAGAUUGAGCGGGAGUUGAAUGGUUACCGUGCCUGGAUAGACAAAGCAGAGGAAGUCAUGCUUGCUGAAGAAAACAAAAAUGCCGGAACAUCAGCCUUAGAAGUGCUUCGAAGGGCAACAAUCAAGAGGAGCCGGACGGAGGCCAUGACCCGAGACUCCAGUGAUGAACACUGCGUUGACAUCUCAUCUGUGGGCACACCUCUUGCCCGAGCCAGUAUCAAAAGUGCAAAGGUAGACGGGGCCUCCUAUUUCCGGCACAAGGAAAGGCUCCUGCGCAUCUCCAUUCGCCACAUGGUUAAAUCUCAAGUGUUCUACUGGAUUGUGCUGAGCCUUGUGGCCCUCAACACUGCCUGUGUGGCCAUCGUCCAUCACAACCAGCCACAGUGGCUCACUCACCUCCUCUACUAUGCAGAAUUUUUGUUUCUGGGGCUCUUCCUCUUGGAGAUGUCCCUGAAGAUGUACGGCAUGGGGCCUCGCCUUUAUUUUCACUCUUCAUUCAACUGCUUUGAUUUUGGGGUCACUGUGGGAAGUAUUUUUGAAGUGGUCUGGGCAAUCUUCAGACCUGGUACAUCUUUUGGAAUCAGUGUGUUACGAGCUCUUCGGCUUCUAAGAAUAUUUAAAAUAACCAAGUAUUGGGCAUCCCUACGGAAUUUGGUGGUCUCCUUGAUGAGUUCCAUGAAGUCUAUCAUCAGUUUGCUCUUCCUGCUUUUCCUCUUCAUCGUUGUCUUUGCUCUCCUGGGAAUGCAGCUGUUUGGAGGCAGGUUUAACUUUAAUGAUGGGACUCCGUCAGCAAAUUUUGACACCUUCCCUGCAGCCAUCAUGACUGUAUUUCAGAUCCUGACAGGUGAAGACUGGAAUGAGGUGAUGUACAAUGGGAUCCGUUCCCAGGGAGGGGUCAGCUCAGGCAUGUGGUCAGCCAUCUACUUCAUUGUACUCACCUUGUUUGGAAACUACACACUGCUGAAUGUAUUCUUGGCCAUCGCUGUGGACAAUCUGGCCAAUGCGCAAGAGCUAACUAAGGAUGAGCAGGAGGAAGAGGAGGCCUUCAACCAGAAACAUGCACUGCAGAAGGCCAAGGAGGUCAGCCCGAUGUCUGCACCCAACAUGCCUUCUAUCGAAAGAGACAGAAGGAGAAGACACCACAUGUCGAUGUGGGAGCCACGCAGCAGCCACCUGAGGGAGCGGAGGCGCCGACACCACAUGUCGGUGUGGGAGCAGCGCACCAGCCAGCUGCGGAGGCACAUGCAGAUGUCCAGCCAGGAGGCCCUCAACAAAGAGGAAGCCCCACCAAUGAACCCCCUUAACCCUCUCAACCCCCUCAGCCCCCUUAACCCUCUCAAUGCCCACCCCAGCCUCUACCGGAGACCCAGGCCCAUUGAGGGCCUGGGCCUAGGUCUGGAGAAGUGUGAGGAGGAGCGCAUCAGCCGUGGGGGGUCCCUCAAGGGGGACGGAAGUGACCUAUCCAGUGCCCUGGACAACCAGAGAAGCCCCUUGUCCCUGGGCAAACGGGAGCCACCAUGGCUGGCCAGGCCCUGUCAUGGGAACUGUGACCCCACCCAGCAGGAGGCAGGGGGAGGAGAGACUGUGGUGACCUUCGAGGACCGGGCCAGGCACAGGCAGAGUCAGCGGCGCAGCCGGCACCGCCGCGUCAGGACAGAAGGCAAGGAGCCCUCCUCGGCUUCCCGGAGCAGGUCUGCUAGCCAGGAGCGGGGUCUGGAUGAAGGUGUGCCCACCGACGGGGAGAAGGACCGGGAGCCCAGGGGCAGCCAUGGGGGCAAGGAACCAACAAUCCAAGAAGAAGAAAGAUCCCAGGAUUUAAGGAGAACCAACAGCCUAAUGGUACCCAGAGGCUCUGGGCUAGCAGGAGUCAUUGAUGAGGCAGACACACCUUUGGUCCCACCCCAUCCAGAGCUGGAAGUGGGGAAGGAGGAGACACUGACGGAACAGGAGCCAGAGGGCAGCAGUGAGCAAGCCCUCCUGGGGGACGUACAGCUGGACGUGGGCAGGGCCAUCAGCCAGAGUGAGCCAGACCUCUCCUGCAUCACACCCAACACAGAGAAGGCCACAGAGAGCACCAGCGUCACUGUGGCCAUCCCUGACGUGGGCCCUCUGGUGGAUUCUACUGUGGUGCACAUUAGUAACAAGACUGAUGGAGAAGCCAGUCCUUUGAAAGAGGCAGAGAUCAAAGAGGAGGAAGAGGAGGAGGUGGAGAAGAAGAAGCAAAAGAAGGAGAAGCGUGAAACAGGCAAAGCCAUGGUACCCCAUAGCUCCAUGUUCAUCUUCAGCACCACCAACCCGAUCCGGAGGGCCUGCCACUAUAUCGUGAACCUGCGCUACUUUGAGAUGUGCAUCCUCCUGGUGAUUGCAGCCAGCAGCAUUGCCCUGGCAGCUGAGGACCCUGUCCUGACCAACUCUGAACGCAACAAAGUCCUGAGGUAUUUUGACUAUGUAUUCACUGGCGUGUUCACCUUUGAGAUGGUCAUAAAGAUGAUAGACCAGGGCUUGAUCCUUCAAGAUGGGUCCUACUUCCGAGACCUGUGGAACAUCCUGGACUUUGUGGUGGUAGUUGGAGCACUGGUGGCCUUUGCUUUGGCGAACGCUUUGGGAACCAACAAGGGUCGGGACAUCAAGACCAUCAAGUCUCUGCGAGUCCUCCGAGUUCUGAGGCCACUGAAAACCAUCAAACGCCUGCCCAAGCUCAAGGCUGUCUUUGAUUGUGUGGUAACCUCCUUGAAGAAUGUCUUCAACAUACUCAUUGUCUACAAGCUCUUCAUGUUCAUCUUUGCUGUCAUCGCAGUUCAGCUCUUCAAAGGAAAGUUCUUUUAUUGCACAGACAGUUCCAAGGACACAGAGAAGGAAUGCAUAGGCAACUAUGUAGAUCAUGAGAAAAACAAGAUGGAGGUGAAGGGCCGGGAAUGGAAGCGCCAUGAAUUCCACUACGACAACAUUAUCUGGGCCCUCCUGACCCUCUUCACAGUCUCCACAGGGGAAGGAUGGCCUCAGGUUUUGCAGCAUUCUGUAGAUGUGACAGAGGAAGACCGAGGCCCAAGUCGCAGCAACCGCAUGGAGAUGUCGAUCUUUUAUGUGGUCUAUUUCGUGGUCUUCCCUUUCUUCUUUGUCAAUAUCUUUGUGGCCCUUAUCAUCAUCACCUUCCAGGAGCAAGGGGACAAGAUGAUGGAGGAGUGCAGCCUGGAAAAGAAUGAGAGGGCAUGCAUCGACUUCGCCAUCAGUGCCAAACCUCUGACGCGUUACAUGCCGCAGAACAGGCACACCUUCCAGUACCGAGUCUGGCACUUUGUAGUGUCUCCAUCCUUUGAGUACACCAUCAUGGCCAUGAUCGCCCUAAACACGGUUGUGCUGAUGAUGAAGUACUACUCUGCUCCCUGUACCUAUGAACUGGCUCUCAAGUACCUGAAUAUUGCCUUCACCAUGGUGUUUUCCCUGGAAUGUGUCCUAAAGAUCAUCGCUUUUGGCUUCUUGAACUAUUUCCGAGACACCUGGAAUAUCUUUGACUUCAUCACUGUGAUUGGCAGUAUCACAGAAAUUAUCCUGACAGACAGCAAACUUGUGAACACCAGUGGCUUCAAUAUGAGCUUCCUGAAGCUCUUCAGAGCUGCUCGCCUCAUAAAGCUGCUACGGCAGGGCUAUACCAUACGUAUUUUACUUUGGACCUUUGUGCAGUCCUUUAAGGCCCUCCCCUACGUCUGUCUUUUGAUUGCCAUGCUUUUCUUCAUUUAUGCCAUCAUUGGGAUGCAGGUUUUUGGAAACAUAAAAUUAGAUGAAGAGAGUCACAUCAAUCGGCACAACAACUUCCGGAGUUUCUUCGGUUCUCUCAUGCUGCUCUUCAGGAGUGCCACAGGUGAGGCCUGGCAGGAGAUUAUGCUGUCAUGCCUUGGGGAGAAAGGCUGUGAGCCGGACACCACGGCACCGUCUGGGCAGAACGAGAAUGAACGCUGUGGAACCGAUCUGGCCUAUGUUUACUUUGUCUCCUUCAUCUUCUUCUGCUCCUUCCUGAUGCUCAACCUGUUUGUGGCCGUCAUCAUGGACAACUUUGAGUACCUGACUCGAGACUCCUCCAUCCUGGGACCUCACCACUUGGAUGAGUUUGUCCGCAUCUGGGCAGAGUAUGACAGAGCUGCAUGUGGCCGCAUCCAUUACACUGAGAUGUAUGAAAUGCUGACUCUCAUGUCACCACCGCUAGGCCUCGGCAAGAGAUGUCCCUCCAAAGUGGCAUAUAAGCGACUGGUCCUGAUGAAUAUGCCAGUAGCUGAGGACAUGACAGUCCACUUCACCUCCACACUUAUGGCUCUGAUCCGCACAGCUCUCGACAUCAAAAUUGCAAAAGGUGGUGCAGACAGGCAGCAACUAGAUUCAGAGUUACAAAAGGAGACCCUGGCCAUCUGGCCUCACCUGUCCCAGAAGAUGCUAGAUCUGCUUGUGCCCAUGCCCAAAGCCUCUGACCUGACUGUGGGCAAAAUCUAUGCAGCAAUGAUGAUCAUGGACUACUACAAACAGAGUAAGGUGAAGAAGCAGAGGCAGCAGCUGGAGGAACAGAAAAAUGCGCCGAUGUUCCAGCGCAUGGAGCCUUCGUCUCUGCCUCAGGAGAUCAUCGCUAAUGCCAAAGCCCUGCCUUAUCUCCAGCAGGACACCGUUACAGGCCUGAGUGGCCGGAGUGGAUACCCUUCAAUGAGUCCACUCUCCCCCCAGGAAAUAUUCCAGUUGGCAUGUAUGGACCCAGCUGAUGAUGGACAGUUCCAGGAACAACAAUCUCUGGUGGUGACAGACCCUUGCUCUAUGAGACGUUCUUUUUCCACUAUUCGGGAUAAGCGCUCAAAUUCCUCGUGGUUGGAGGAAUUCUCCAUGGAGCGAAGCAGUGAAAACACCUACAAGUCACGUCGCCGGAGUUACCACUCCUCCCUGCGACUGUCAGCCCAUCGCCUGAACUCUGACUCAGGCCACAAGUCUGACACCCACCGCUCCGGAGGCAGAGAGCGGGGCCGAUCAAAAGAGCGAAAGCAUCUGCUCUCUCCUGAUGUCUCCCGCUGCAACUCAGAGGAGCGAGGGACCCAGGCCGACUGGGAGUCCCCAGAGCGCCGUCAGUCCAGGUCACCCAGUGAAGGCAGGUCACAGACCCCCAACAGACAGGGUACUGGGUCCCUGAGUGAAAGCUCCAUCCCCUCCAUCUCUGACACCAGCACCCCAAGACGAAGCCGGCGGCAGCUUCCACCAGUCCCUCCAAAGCCUCGGCCCCUCCUCUCCUAUAGCUCCCUGAUGCGACACCCUGGAAGCCUCUCUCCACCCAGUGACGGGAAUGAAGGUGGCUCCCUGCUCACCUCCAAAGCUGUGGAGAGCAACAAUGCUUGCCUGACCGAGUCUUCCAAUUCCCCGCACGUGAAGCAGAGCCAACAGUCCUCCCCACAGCGCUACAUCUCUGAGCCCUAUCUGGCCCUGCACGAAGACUCCCACGCCUCAGACUGUGGUGAGGAGGAGACACUUACCUUCGAAGCCGCUGUGGCCACUAGCCUGGGCCGCUCCAACACCAUAGGCUCUGCCCCACCCCUGCGGCACAGCUGGCAGAUGCCCAACGGGCACUAUCGGCGGCGUAGGCAUGGAGGGCCCGGGCCAGGCAUGAUGUGUGGAGCUGUCAGUGACCUCCUGAGUGACACGGAAGAAGACGACAAAUGCUAGAGCUGCUCCCCCCUCCGAUGCAUGCUCUUCUCUCACACGGAGAAAACCAAGACCGAAUUGGGAAGCCAGUGCGGCCCGGGGGGGAGGAAGAGGGAGGAGGAAGAUGGAA